GUACAAUACUUCCAUUCGCCCUAUGCUUCACAAUGCUAUUUAUUUCCAUCGUAAUUCAAAAACGGAUCGAUGAAUUCAUCUGAUUUUCAACAUAUACAAUCAGAAGGAAGGAACAAAGAGACUCUCGUUUCGUUUUUGAAAAAAAAAUGAAUAUUUUUCUGUUAAACUCAGUUUGAAAAUGGUGGUAUUUAUAUAUGAGUAUAAAUUCAAAUGCAGAAGUGAUGGUUCGAAAUGAUCAACGAGAGUAUUUUCUUAAAGAGAACUUCUUCAUGAUAACAAAAAAAAAAUUUAAUUUUUUUUCAAUUUUCCUUGAUUUUUGAAGGAAAUAAGAUUAAUUCACCCGCCUCUCAUCAAACUCCACCCUCCUAUUUCUGAGUAGCCAAUUACAAUUUACUUUGCUCUUGCAUUGAGAUUUAUGGCCAAACAGUCGACCAGCUUUUAUGAGGGUUAAUUUUAUAAUAACAAAAGGACGAGUGGUACUCGACUCUUGCAGAAAAUUCAAAACAGACAAGAUUUAUAACAUCCUCAUAAAUUUUACGUGAAAAUAACGUUUUGGUGUCCGACUAUAUGUACCAUUCUAUGUACCAUCAUGUGAAUUCUAAAAGAACUUUUAGAGUUCAAUGAUAUGCACCUAUAUAAAACAUAUAAUAUUCGAAAAUUCGUUAUUUUUACGAGUCAUCGAAAGUUUCGGCUGAUAUUGUAGGUAAGAGGGUGAAUUUUAGGAAGUCCGUUUCAUAGACAGUUCGGGCUUACGGAGCAGCCCUUUCCCAUGCUGCUGGGUCCUGCCUGGCACCUACACACUUGCAGAGGUCCUUCAAGGCUGAACAAUGAAAAAACAUUCGUUAGGAGGAGGGAAAUUCAUGAAAGGAGAAGAGAGAAAUUAUUGACCUUUUCAAGAAAGAGAAAAGAAAACUCUAAGCUAAGGGACUACAAGAAACCGCACUGCUUCACCAUCGAGGAUGGUAGAAUGAGGCUGAAAAAAAUUCAUAAUUAUUUUUACCAAAUGCAAGGACAAUUGAAUAUCUGUAAACAAAUUUUUUGCGAUUUCGUUCUAUAUUCAGAUGAUGAUUUUCAAAUAGAAAGAAUAGAAUGUGACGAGGCACUAUGGAAAAAUAUCAUCUUGCCAAAGCUGGAGAAGUUCUAUAUGAAUUGCAUUCUUCCUGAAUUAAUAGAUGGGAGAAUACCAAGAGGAAUGCGGGCACGGGAUAAAAAUGAAACACGGCAAUAAUUUUCAAAAUAAAAUAUUUCGAAUUUCAAACAGUUGUUUUUUCCCAGAUCAUCAGUUUCUAAAUGAUUAUACCUAUUCACUAUCAUCACAGCUAUAAUCAUUAAUUCAAGGCCUGUUAAUUUGUAUACUGCAAGAUAUUUCAGUUCUUUCUCGAUCCUAAAGCAUCAUUAGCUGAUGCAAUGAAAUGUCUACAUAUUUUUGUGCUCGUUUCAGGUUCUUUCAUACCAAAGCUCGAUUGAGAAUUUUUCGAUUUUCAACAAUAUUUAUUUUCGCGUCUCUGUUACUACCAUCGCGCUGAAACUCCUAUAAGUGGAAGUGAUUCGAAAUAAACCAAAUCUUUAGUAGACCCUUUUAUUAGGGAUAAUAAACACAUAAACUCAACUAUCCUUCGCUUGCUGUCCCCUCAGGCAAAAGGUCUUGUAGCGAAAAAAGUGGGUGGAGCUAUUGUCUCGGUGGGACGAAAAUAUGUUCAGUUAAAGAAAUUUUCAUAUAGUGCCAUCUAGCGGAAUUCACGUUUCGGGAGAACGGGUAUAACACC